AUGGACGAAAUCCGAGCGCUCCAGCGCCAGCUCGCGGCCGUCCAAGAGACCAAGGAUGGGAAUCUCAAGCUCUCCGAGCGCCACGUCGUCGACCUCGUCCUCAAGAUGCAGCAGCUCGGGAAGCUCGACCUGCGCCACGAGGUGGCCGACGCGCUGCUCAACCACAUGGGCCGCGUCUCGAUUGGCGACCUCUGUGCGACGACCAACGUCGACAUGGCGUAUGUCGAGAAGGCGUGCGCAGACCUCGCCUCCGAGAGCGUCGGGCGAGACCGCGUCACCAUGAUGGGCGACGAGGUAUUCACGGACUGGUACCUUGAUGGCAUCAUGGAGGACAUGAACGAAGUCCUCCAGGAACAUGGCCAUGUGACGAUCGGCGAUUUGGCGCAGCAGUAUGGGUUCCCCGUCGACUUUAUGAUGUCUGUCAUCACCCCGCGCCUCGGCACACUCAUCCACGCGCAUGCCAAAGGCAACAGCUUGUACACGGAAGCGUACGUCGAACGACAAGUCGCCCAGAUCCGCGGGUCGUUUUCUGGCGUCACGCGCCCGACAGCGAUCCCCGAGAUCGUCGCGGCGACAGGUAUGGACGAGCGACUCGUUACCGAUACCGUGACCGACCUCAUCGCGAGGCACGUGCUUCGAGGCUCGCUCCGCGGGCGCGAGUAUGUUCCCACGAUUUUCUUGGACGUCCAGCGAGAGAGCGUCGAUGCUUUCUUUGCUGCGAACGGAUACCUCUUUCAUGCAAUGGCCUCCCAGCUCCACGUCGCGCGGCCCCUCGAGUUUGUCAAGCGCAGCUUCCCGCAUGCGGUCGGGCUCGCUGACGUUGUUGUUGCCGAAGCGUUCCUCACGACCCUUGACGGCGCUAUCGACGCUGCCUGCACUGAAGACUCGUGGGUCGACGCGCGAUCGGUGUUGCCGCCGGCGCUGCCGGAUCGCAGUGUGGCCGAGCUUUUGGCGCAAACGACGAGCCUCUCGACGCGCAAGCACGCGCCGGCCGUCGCGAUCGCCUCCGUGUACGUGGCAAGUCGGGGCUUCCUGAGCGCAGUGCGCGACAAGUUUGCCGAGCACGCGGCGGUGCAAGCAGCGGGUCUGGCGGCGGAGACAGUGCGGCGCAAGACCCAAGGACGCAAGCUCGAUGCCAAGACGAAAUCCACCAAGAGUAAGCUUCCCGCGCAUGACGAUGACGACGAUGACGAUCACGCGUCGAGUGGCGUACCGUCGACUGCGGCCAUGGCAGAGCUCGUGAUGACGUGGUUCGACGAGUGUGCAGAAGACGACGCUUUUGUCGCUGGGCUCGUCGCCGAGCUGCGACCACGUGCUUUGUACGAAGCCGCUGCCACCAAGGCGCUGUCGGCGAUUCAUCGGGGCGGGUCGUCCACCAAGCAGGAACUCGACAGCAUCUUUGAAGACCGCUUCGACGCGCUGUACGUCCAGCUGCUUUGUUUGUCCAAAGGCUGGCACAAGCUCGUCACGGUCGUGCGCAAGACGGCAUCAAUCGCGUGCGUCGAAGCCCUUCUCUUGGAGACGACGGCGCUGGAUCUGUGCAACCUCGUUUUAUCGUUUGUGCAAGAAGCCUACGAAGUCAUCGACUUGGUCGGUGUCGCGCCCUUCGUGCCCGAGCGCCACAAAACGCCGCUGCCUCGCUUGACGCAGCUCAGUCCGGAAAACCUGACAGCGCUGCAAAAAAGCACUUCGUUUGCGUCGGCGAUGGCGACGAUGUGGGCGCUUGCGACGGGCGACGACAAAUCCGUCAGCGAGUUUGUGCGGCACAUGGCCGUCCUCGCUGAUGCCCUCAACAUGCCGCUGCGCAAGUGCGAUCGGAAAAAGGAACGCGCGGUCCUCACUGCCCGCAAGACGGCGCUUGAGCUGCAGCUCCAGAGCGCUGGUACGGACCGCUUGGCGCUUCUCGCGCUGGUGUCGCAAGGCAUCUUUACGAGUGUGACCAACCUCGCACUUGACUUCCCUCCCCAUGGCAUGCCCACGGUCUUGCCUGCCCUUUCCGAAGCUUUUCAGAGCAGCGUGCCGUCCAAUACGAUGGAAUGGCUCGUCUCGUUGCUCGAGUGCGAAGAGGAUCUGACGCCAGCAGACGUUGCGCGCCUGCAGACGCUCGCAACAUCGAAAUCACUAACGCUCUAA